AUGGCAGUAAAUAGGCAAAUGCACCAAUUGAUAGAACAGUUUUUGAAGCUGAAACCGCCUAAGUUUAAUGGUAGGGGUGACCCCGAGGCUGCACCGCGAUGGGUAGAGGAGUUAGAGAAGGCCUUUGAUGUAUUGGGGUGCACCGAGGCUGAGAAAGUAACAUUAGCGGUAUAUCAGUUACAGGAUAGCGCAAUUGAUUGGUUCGCCACUAGAGAUAGAGUGUUUCCGGAAGAGAGUGCCCAAGAAAGGAAGCUAGCAGAGUUUAUGCGACUUCGCCAAGGACAGAUGACCGUAGACCAGUAUGAGGCGGAGUUUGCGAGGUUGUCUAAGUUUGCACCUAGGAUGGUGGAGAAUCCGCGGGAUAAGGUUCAGAGAUUCCGAGACGGAUUGAAGCCGGAUCUUAGAAGUAAGAUGAUUUCCUUGAACAUCCGUGAUUAUGGGGAAAUGUAUGAGCGGGCCCAGGCCAUUGAGUGA